AGUAUGGUAGUCCGUCAGUCCUUCAUUUUUCUGAUAAGAUAAAUGCAGUAGACAAUUUUGCUCCAUGUUCCGUCUCAAUCACGCUCAGUUUUACGAUGCGAAGUGCGUCAGUCCAUUCCUCCGAUGGUCCUAUAAUUUCAUCGUUUUCGCGCUUGCAACCGUGAGGUUCAUAGCGAUCGUCACCAAGUACUUUACCAUGGCUUUACUGAUCAUCGAACUUUGGAAACAUUUCUCUCAGCAAAAAUUUAUCGUCUCAACCAGGGAAACGCUAACGAGCUGCCGGGAAGAUAUGUUUUCGUGAAUGAGGAAUUUUUCACCUGUGUGUGUUUUUCCCUUUGCAGGGCAUUUCCCUGGAAAGUCCUUCUAAGUUCGGUACGAUAUAAAUCUUAAAUCGGGAAAAAGCUUUGUCAUCAAUGACCGAUUAAUCCGUGGAUUGCACCAAAAUCAGUUUCCGUUCGAUCAUCGUUGGAAUCCUCGAUUUUUGGCUGAAAAUGCAUUAAUCGGCUCAAUAAUUUUGUGUUAAGUGUUUGUGUGGAAAGCUGGGUGUCUACUUGUCCGGAAGUUCCGGAAAUCGUACUGGUUUUUUAAGGGCGUUCCGAAAGUACUGGAAAAGUGCGGCAUUUCUGCAAGAAGGUGACCCGGGCGGAUCAGCGUGGAAAAUGUGGGUGCGUCCUUUAGCCCGACGACUCCUCCCGAAACUCCAGGACGACCCUCUUUGCCGUCUGGUGAGCCAGGAGAAGAGGGACUCGCCGUUGGCGGGGGUGCGAGUCCUGGACCUGACGCGGAUCAUCGCCGGGCCGUACUGCUCCAUGAUCCUGGGCGACCUCGGCGCGGAGGUCAUCAAGAUCGAGGAGGUGCGCGGGGGGGACGAGGCCCGGAAGUGGGGCGCCCCCGUCCCUUCCGCCCCCGGACUCACCUGCUACUUCUCCGCGGUGAACCGCAACAAGAAAAGCGUCUGCGUCAACUUCAAGACUCCCCAGGGACAGGAGCUCCUACACGACCUCGCCAGGGAGUCCGAUGUCCUUAUAGAGAAUUACACCCCCGGUGUCCUUGACAGGUACCGGCUCGGCUACGAUCAGAUCCGCGAGAUAGCGCCGCGUGUGGUCUACUGCUCCGUCACAGGCUACGGCUCGAGGGGUCCGUACAAGAACAAGCCUGGCUACGACGUGAUAGCGGCCUCUUUGGGCGGCCUCCUCCACAUCACUGGGCCCGAAGACGGGGCGCCCUGCAAGGUGGGCGUCCCUGUGACCGAUAUGAUGACCGGCCUCUACGCUCACGGAGCCAUCUUGGCCGCUCUACUCCACAGGCAGAAAACUGGCCAAGGGCAGAAGGUCGAGUGCGAUCUCUUGUCAACCCAGCUUUCGUCCCUCAUCAACGUCGCCUCAAACUAUCUCAACGCUGGCAUGCAUGCCAAGAGGUGGGGCACCGCGCACGUGGACGUGGUGCCUUACGAGGUGUUCGAAACGAAAGACGGUCACCUGACGCUGGGCACGGGGUCGGACAAGCAGUUCGCGCGGCUGUGCGAGCUCAUGGAACUGCGGGAAAUGGUGGAGGACGAGCGGUUCAAGACGAACGCCGACCGAGUGGCCAACCGCAAGGUCCUCAUCCCCGUGCUCAAGGAGCGGCUCCGCACCAAGACCACCGCCUCCUGGUUGGAGAUCUUUCGCGACGCUCCGUUCCCGCACGCACCGGUCAACACCAUCCAACAGGUGUUCGACGACCCGCACGUGAGGGAGAUCGGGAUCGUGGAGGAGGUGGAAAGCGCGAACGGUGGGAGGUUGAAAGUGGUCGGGCCCGCGGUCCAGUACAGCGCGGCCAGCAACCAGGUCCGCUCGUCGCCCCCGCUCCUCGGCCAGCACACGCACCAAGUCCUCCAAUCCAUCCUCCGACUCACCGACCAACAGAUCCAGGCCCUCCGAGACGGUGCACACAUCCGAUGAGCAGGUCUCCUGCACCACAUUUUCCAGUUAGGAACAGAGACAAGAGACCCUCCACUGGCCUCCUGGCGACAGGUGGAAGCUUUUACUUUCGGGGUUUCAACAGUUCCUUAUGGAUAAUUACUAGGGAGCAACAG